AGCUUUGGUUCUUUCUCGAGAGUUGAUAGGGGUUGAUUAAUUUCUAAUGUGAACGACAGACUCCUCCAAUGACAGACCAGAACUUCCUUUAGAAAUCGUCGAACUCAUUAUCGAAUCUGUAGACAAUGAUCAGAAAACGCUUCGAGCUGCGUCUCUUGUAUGCGCUAUUUGGCGUACUGCUGCUUUCCCGUAUCUGCUGCACGACAUUCUCAUUUCAGAGGAAGCAGACUAUGAGCGAAUCAAGAAGCUGUGCUUUCGUUUCCCUAGGCUUCCCACAUUUCACGCCCGAAGUAUAACCUUACGGCCAGGAACUCGUCUUAGCUCAGAACUUUCCGUAGCUGAAACCUUGCGCUCGUUUUCAUUUUCUAGACUGUUUGAAGACAGGAGGUGGGAGCUCAAUAAGGUCGCGGCAGAAUUUCCCCAGAUGCCCAAAGUCACGUCUCUGAAGUGGGUGAUGGGAAGGGAUGUUCAGCACUCCAUAAUUGUAGGCCCUUCCAUCCACCGACAUCUUUCACUGCUUCCCUCGCUCCAACGACUCACACUCAAGGCCAAAUUCGAGGAUCUGCACGAGCUCGAGCUUUUCCUCAGUUUAUGUUGCAGUGGUCUGAAAUCUCUGACUUUCCAGGGCAUCUGGUUCCGCAAUAGUCGUAGUCGCCCUCUAGGAUUGAGCCAUAAUAGUAAUCUCUGCUUACUGGAAAGGAUUGCCUUCGAGCGCACUCGAUCAAGCGACCCUACUUACGACGAAGUGGUUGAUCUGGUGAUUCUGUUUCUAAAGGACAAAGUCCACCUCCAGUCAUUGAGGAUUCGAUAUGACUUUACCAUGUCACCCACGAGUCUGGAACGAUUACUGGAAAAAUCAAAGGAGACACUGGAAGCUCUGGUUAUCGAGCCUAUUGGCGUUGCAGACAAUCCACUAUGGGCUCAUUCAUGUCAACCAUUUGCUCACUUGGGCCCACAGAUGAAGAGCUUCACUUUUGGAAUACCUCAGACGACGCCGGGCGGCCCGACUUUAACCAACUCUGCUCCUUUCGAAGUUCUCGAUUUCUUCCGCUUUGCGCAUACUCUUCCUCCAUUGCCCCACGUAACCACCUUGACAAUCACCUUUCGUAUAUACAAUGAGUGGGAUGCAUCUGAGAUAUGGGGCGCUUCCAAUUAUCCCGAGCGGAACAUGAAGAUGUCCUGGCAUAGAUUCCUUUCCUGGCUGGCAGUACAGAUGCCGUCGUUGAACUUGCUUGUUUUUUUCGUGAAGUUCAAAAUCAAGUUCAACGAAGGAGAUCAGGAACGAUUUUUUGGAUUCGCUAAGGACGCUGUCCCCCCUCUACGGCCUGGUGUCAAUAUCCAGCUGCAGUGGAUGCUAGAACCCGCAACAUCUACAUUGAUUUGAAUUUCCUGUAGUCGUCUGUCUAUCUGUCUGUUUGUCUCGAUAGUAUUGGUAUCGUUUGUGUUUUGAUAGUACUU